CCUCUCCGGGCCUGCGCGCGCGCGUCUUCCUCCUGCACGCGCCGCCACUACCCGAGCACUCUCGCCGGAGCCUCUGGCCCGCGCGUUCCUUUUCCUCUCCGGCUGCGGAGCGGGCGGGAUCCUGCACCGCAGUCGCGGAAGCAGCGGCAGCUCGGCCGGACACGGGCAGCGGCGGCGGCAGCGGCGCGCGAGCCCCCAGGCAGACCGUACCACCGCUCACCAGCACGCGGGGGGAGCCGGCCGCCCCGCCGCACACGCCUCGACGACUCCGCGGGGCUGAGGCGUCGCCGCGCCCGGGAGCGUGAUCGCCGAGCCGGCGUCGACCCCCAGCUCCGAGCCCCGCGGGCCGCGCCUGCCGGCGGCCCCACCCAUCCGGGCCGAGGAGGCCGCGGCCAUGGCCGAGACGGAGGAGCGGAGCCUGGACAACUUCUUCGCCAAGAGGGACAAGAAGAAGAAGAAGGAGCGGAGCAACCGGGCGGCGAGCGCCGCGAGUGGCGCCGGCGGGAGCAGUGGAGCCGCGGGCGCUGGCGGGAGCAGCGGAGCCGGGGGCUCGGCUGGCGGUGGCGCCCGGCCGGGCGACGGCGGGACCGCGGGCGCUGGGGCCCGGCCAGGCGACAGCGGGACCGCGGGCGCCGCCACCAAGGCCGUGACGAAGGAUGAAGAUGAGUGGAAAGAAUUUGAGCAAAAAGAGGUUGAUUACAGCGGCCUCAGAGUUCAAGCAAUGCAAAUAAGAGGUGGUACCUGUGCUGCUUGUGUGAAAACUCAGAUAUUAAAAAGUGAAAAGGAAGAAGAUGAAAAUGACAAAAGAGAAGAUCCAGGUGAUAACUGGGAAGAAGGUGGAGGCGGAGGCGGCGGUGUAGAAAAAUCUUCAGGCCCCUGGAACAAAACCGCUGCGGUACCAGCACCUCCUGCUCCAGUAGUUGUUACAGAAACCCCAGAACCGACAAUGACUAGUGGCGUGUAUAGGCCCCCAGGGGCCAGGUUGACCACAACAAGGAAAACACCACAAGGACCACCAGAAAUCUACAGCGACACACAGUUCCCGUCCCUGCAGUCCACUGCCAAGCAUGUAGAGAGCCGGAAAUACUGAGCCUUCGUAAGGGUUGACUACCUCAGAUUUGCUGCACUCAUUGUGGACUUCAUGUGGAUCACAACUUCUGGAUAAGGUUACAGCUAUUAAGUGUCGAUGUGAAACUUGAAACCAGCUCUCCUGGAUUCCUAUCAGAAAUCCUGCAGAAAGUCAGCCAUCUGGGUUCUGAUCUGCUGUAAAAGAUGAAGAUUUUAAGUGACCUUAAUUAACCUGUCCUGUGCCCCAUCCAUAAGGAAUACUCUGUAGUGGGCUGUGGCUAUAUUAGAAAUCCUGGAACAUGCCGCUCUCAAAAGAACUGAUGUGUUCAGAUUAUCUGCGUAGGGCUGUCAUUUAUAAUUUAAACUUUGAGUUGUAUUCUGAGGUUACCACAGAUUAGAUUCAACCAGACGCCGGUCUACCCAAGGUGGGUAUAGGGGUGGGGGGAAUAAUCUUGUUUCUUUUAGUAAUUUUUUAUUUUGGUAGUGCUUUUUCUGUGUUCUAUAUUAAGGCUUUUUUUUUUUUUUUUUUUUUUUUUUUUUUGCUUUGACUUGGAAUAAUUUCUUUGACAGCGCAUAUUGCUUGGUUAAGUAACCUGAAAUACGCAUUAGAGUUGUGAAAUGUCUCGUGAAUUUGCCAGUCUCUGGGGUGGAACCAAACAGCCUCUGGUGUAAAGGGCAGUGGGUGCAGGAGGCGCUACUUCAGGUGCUGCUAAAGCCUCCUCUAACCAGGUCUGAACUGUGUGGUAAGCUGCAGGUUACUGAACUAAAUUGUGUAGUAAAGAGUGGUUUCUGCUUAGGCCCAGGGAUCCACUGCCCUGUCCUUACAAAUUCAAAGCAACGUGAGCAGAACCUCAACCCCAAACCCACUUAAGUUUCAUGGAUCUUGCAGGAUCUUUGGCAAGAAUUCCAGAUGUAUUUGUGCCCCAGUGUUAAGGUAUUGGAUAGUCUGUAGAUGCAGUGAUUGUCCCAGCGUAGCUUUUUGUUACCAGCCUUCCAGUGUGUCUUUAAUGUUGUUCACUUGGAGAGUCAGGGGCAGAAGACAGGUGAUGUAGCACUUCUGUUUUUAAUAAUUACAGCUUAAACUAUCCAGUAAUUUUUAGUCCUGAAAAGGGGCGUCAGGAAGCUACCCAGGAUUACUGAGAAGUCUCUCCAUCUGAUGAGACAGUCUGGUAAUUUUCCUAGUUUUGUAUCUUUGGUUCAAUAGAAAUUUUUCAAAGUGGCAUGUGACCACUUGAUGGAGAGUCUGGGUUUCUCUAUAAUAAAUCCUUUUGCCAAAUGUGGGAGUUGCAGACUUGCUACUGGCAAGAGUGAAGCAGAUGGGUGAGUAAAACUAGCCUGAUGGGGGAGCAUUUUCCUCUAGGAGUUCAGUCUUGAUAGAAGUGUCAGUGCGCACUCCUAGGAGGGUGACAGUGCCACCUGACAGGGCCUGCCAGCCAUAUCUAGGCAAUAAUAUUGGCAUUAUUUGAGGUGGCAGGCAGGAUGCCUACCUUCUGGUGGGUUUGGGUGAGUGGCUGAGCCAGCCAGAGAGGUUGGAUGACUGAGAAACAAGGGAUUCUUGGUUAAACUGAAGACUUCAUUUGAGAACCAAAAAUCUGAAGUAAUCUCUUGGACUUUGAGCCACGUAUUUCCCCUAAAGAGUAAUGUGGUUUUUUCCAGCAAAAUUUUGUUGAGGGUUAUGUUAUUAAGAAAUGAACUGAGAUUAAUAUGUGGAAAUGUUAUUUAAUGGCAUACUGGCCCUAAAAAUCUGAAGACCUGCAGGAGAUUUAAAAAUCCCAACCCUUGUUAUAACUUUUUUUUUUAAAGAUUUUGAAAUUACCAAAAUGCACAUGAAUCAAGUUUUAAUAUACUAUAUGAUGGGUGGGUGUGGCUGUCCAUUGUACCAUUUCUUUCUUUGAAUUCUCAGGCAUGGUUUGGCAGUGCAAGAACUCUGUAACAUUAACAAAUUCAAUAAAGUAAAUAUAUGGA